AUGUCUCUGCACAGCCAGCUCUGCCCGAAUCUACUCCAGGCAUUCGCCCCUCCCCCCGACGACGGACGGCCUACUACCUCUACCGGAACACCAUCUCUAGAUGGGCUGUUGGCGGGCCAUGCAGGUCUUCCUAUGGGCAAAAUUCUUCUUAUUGAGGAAAAUGGAACUACAGACUUUGCGGGCGCAUUACUGCGAUACUAUGCAGCGGAGGGAGUGGUUCAAGAACAAAAGAUCCAUGUAGUUGGUGUGCCCGAGCAAUGGGGCCGAAGCUUGCCUGGCUUGAUUGGCACAGCAGAGUCGCUAGAUGAGAAGAGGUCGGAUAAGCGCAAAGAUGAGCGUAUGAAAAUUGCCUGGCGAUAUGAGCGACUGGGUGAAUUUGGAGCUGGCAUUGCGGGCGCUCGAGAUGCUCCUACAUCGACCGGAAACCCUGAUACAGCCGUAAAGCAGCAAAAUGCUUUCUGUCACGCAUUUGAUCUCACAAAACGCCUCGCCCACCCCUCCAUCACUAAUAUGAGCUUCAUCCCACUUGUGCCCUCAAGAGACUCGCCAUUCACCUCAAUUCUCAAACAACUUCAAAGUUCAAUUGCAUCAGCGGGGCCAAGCACCAUCCAUCGCAUUGUGAUUCCUUCCUUACUCAACCCCACAAUGUACCCGCCCAAUGCCUGUCAACCCCAAUACGUGCUGCAAUUCUUGCACUCUCUGAAAGCUUUCAUGAAUGCGCAUGCCGCUCGCAUCACAGCUAUGAUCACAGUGCCAUUAUCAUUGUUCCCCCGCUCGUCUGGUCUUAUUCGCUGGAUUGAGCUUCUUAGCGAUGGUGUCAUUGAACUUUGCCCAUUCCCCCACUCAGCCGAUGCCCUGGCGACCUCCGGAGCGGCCACCACUCAGGAGGAACCGCCACAGGGAAUGUUGAAAACACACAGACUUCCCGUCUUACAUGAACGUGGCGGUGGUAGCGACCAAAACAUUGGACAAGAUUGGGCCUUUAACUUGAGCCGUCGACGAUUUGAGAUUAAGCCAUUCAGCUUGCCACCGGCAGAGGGAGAUAAGGAGGCCCAAGAUGCGCAAACUUCUAGUGGCAUGCCUAAAAAGGCGGACCUGGAGUUCUGA